CUCCUCCUUGGCAGUAUAGACGAGGAGAAAUAGUACAAGGCAGAAUCAAUCAACUAAUUUUCAAAAGUCAAAUAACAAACAACAGAAGGGGUUUAUGGAUACACUGAAAUAUAAUGGUUCUUCUUCAUGUAUGAUCGGAGCUGCUGUUCUACAACGAAACGAGUUUUCUGAUUCAUUCGCGCUUCUUUUGAUUUCCUCACAGCCGUCGAUCGACUCACGCCGUGGUUGCUAUUCCUUCGCUAUUGUUACAACGCACAAGUCGUGAGCUUUUUUAAUCUUCUUUAAAGUUAGGGAGAAAAAGCCAAAUAAGUGACCUCAGUCCACUACAAGAGUAUUAUUUAUUCCACUUUAUCAUAUAUAAAAUGUCUCGUAUGGGGGCAAAGUUUCGUGGUUGGGCUGCUUUUGAUGCCAAGCAGCAGCAAAAACAAGGCCUUCAACCUGAGAUUGACAAAGACCCUUACCCGCCAUUUACCAGCACUCUCAUCCCCCUGCAUGCCAGUGAGAGCAUCACAACAAAUAAUGGUCUUGAAAUGAAGCCUUUUGCAUCAGUGCUUCUUCCUUCCAUGGAUUUUCCAACUUUGACAGAGGAUAAAGAUUGCCAGAAAUUUACACGAACUGGUGAUUGUGAUUCAAGAAGGAAACAUGAAAUUAAGUUAAUUAAUGAAAUUAAUCAUGACUUCACCCUUAAGCAGCUCAAAGAGCUCUAUACCUGGGCGGACAGUAGCUUGAUCGAAGAUAUCUUGGCGGCUGUUGAUAAUAACAUUGAGAAGGCCUCAACUUUAUUGAAAGCAAUGGUUUCCAGCUGCAGCAGCGAAGAGAUUAAAGAAACAGGAAUUGCAGAAUUGAGUUCUAUGAGUAAUGAUCUUCCAUGUGAGAACAUGACUGAUGAAAUCUCUUGUCUAAGGACAAAUUUAGAGCUCACUAAUUUAACCUCUACCACGUGGGAUGGUAUUAAAGACACCCACAGAGAACCUGCAUGUGCGCAAACCUCUAGUGGGAAAAAGCUUUUUCAUAAUGAUGCUGAUAUGAAAUAUAUUCUGGAGAAGUUGUCUUCUUUGCCGGUUGAGCCCGAGUGGGAGGAAGAUGAUGUCUACUUAGUCCAUCGAAAAGAAGCAUUAAAAAUGCUGAGAUCAGCAUCUCAGCAAUCUAAGGCAGCCAAUAAUGCCUUUUUGAGAGGUGAUCAUCUCUCUGCCCAGCAACAUUCACAUAAGGCUCGAAAAGAAUGGUUAAUUGCUGAAAAGCUUAAUUCGAAGGCAGCAAAAGAAAUUCUGAAUAUCAGAAAUAGUGAUAAUGACAUGUGGAAAUUGGACUUGCAUGGUCUUCAUGCAACGGAAGCUGUUCAAGUCUUGCAAGAACGUCUGCAACAAAUUGAGACUUCAGUUGAAAUGAAUCAUUUAGUAUCUCAUAAAAUUAAGGCAAAGAACAGGGUGAUACGUAUUUCGUCACUUGAGUCUUUUAGUGGUAUGGAUGCGGAGGAUGAGGAUAAGCAACAGGUAUCAUGUCGGCCGAUACAAAAACCUUUGCAAGUUAUAACAGGUGUGGGGAACCAUAGCCGAGGAGAGGCUGCACUCCCGACAGCAGUUAGAAAUUUCCUCUGUGAAAACAGAUAUCGAUUUGAGGAGACAAGGCCUGGAGUGUUCACAGUUCGGCCCAAAUUCCAUCACUGAUGAGAGUUUGACUCAAUGAAUUUGGCAUAUAGGGUUGGAUUUGAUUCGGGUCAAUUCUGAAUAAGGUUUAGUUUGAGAUUAGUUCAAAUAUAAAAGAUUCAGUACAAGAUUAGUGAGCUAAGACUUAAACCACUAAAGAGAAUGAGAACCAGAACAAAUCCUCAUUCAUUCUGAUCUGUAAACUGUUGGCCCACAAAUUUUCUGUAAAUAUUAAACAAUAGCUUUCGCACU